AUGGUUAAAGAUUAUUUUGUUGACGGACUGUUUUUGUUUAUGUUUGUUCUGAGUAUUCAGAAUAUUAAAUGGGAGCCACAAACUGACCUGGAUGUUAUUAUUCUUGGUGGUGCUGAUUGGCAGUUCAGGCGGGCUGGUGGUGGUAAUCUGGAAGACGGGCAACAAAUAAUCUCCACCAUCACAAGCGGCACGAACAACAGAGGUUUGUGGAAUUUUGAAAGUCAAGUUCAUCUCAAGAGCGUUGCAGAUCAGUCGGAAGUGGAAGAUGUCAUCAGAAAAAUUCAUUUGCUAGGUCAAUACAACAAUAGAUUUUCUCAUAGAACAUUUGGGACAGAAAUAAGUGCGUUUCUGCUUAACGAAUCACUGCCGCUUGCCAAUAUUAACAUUGCAACUGGAGCUUUAGUGUAUGGAUCAAAUGAACAAAAUAUUUCUCAACAAAGUGGUCCAAAUGGAGCUGAACCUACCAAAGAUGACUUGGAGUUGAUUGAUGUGCUGUGGGGCCAGGAUGUGGACCUGGAGAAAACGUUGGAAUUGACUGAGCUGGAUCAAUCCAGCAGGUACAAGUUGGAACGAGAAAUGGAACUGUUGCUACACGAAAAACAAGAAGAGGAGACGCUGGAGCAGUUGGUGCAGCAGGAGUUUCUCGAUAAUUAUUUUGGUCCUAGCUUUCUAUCUCCCCUCAACGAACCUACCAAUCACUUUGCACAAGAAAUUUUUCAAUCAAAUUUGAACACACCUGAAGUGAUACUGGAUGAGCAUGAAAGUGACAACGUUUUUUUCUCUAGCCACGUUAAUUCCAGUCAUCAGCAGGAGAGCUUAGAACGAUAUCAUGCUGCUACAACAUCUGAUGUUACAACAUCUGAUUUCACUGCAUCUGAUUUUACUACAUCUGACAUUACUGCAUAUGUCCUGGACUGCGAUCAACUCAAUUCAGCUAACUAUUCCAGCGGGGUUUCAGUCAACUGGUCAGCUGGUUGUGAUGCAAAUGAAGAUGUUUCCAAUAAUAUCUUGUUACAAAAUGUCUCAUUAGCCAAUUAUCCUUCAAUUUCAUUUUUACAAGGAGGAGAAUGGAUGUCGCACGAGCAGCUGAACAACAGCGUGAGUACACCAUUUACAGACAUCAGUGGUCAGCAGCAUGCCUUGCCAAUCUUCCAGCUCUUCAACAAUUCUCAUGCUUCUCUCUCAUCCAAUAAUACUCUCACUGAAGAUAAUUUGUUUGGGCUGGAUGAAAUUUAUGAAUUCUCUCACGACAAUGAUCUCACGGCUUGCAAGAGCAAGGACGAACAUGAAAAUGAAGUGCAUGCAGAGGAAUGGGGCUCCUUACGAAGAGAGGGAGACGACAUCUUCUGCAUCAAUUUCAAUACUGACUCUGCAUGUGCAGUUAAAAGUGAUGAUCUCAGUGAUUGCAGUUCAUGUGAAUCAGAACUCGAUGUUGUUAUGGAGAACGACAAGUUUGGAGAUAUCGACAGCUUCAUCAUGGGCUUGAUAGAAGAACAAUCAGCUACUCCGGAAAGAAAGAAAGUUCACUUGGAUAGUGGGAGGAGGAUCAGGUUAUUUGAUCAGCUCUUCAAAGGUAAAACAGUUUUCAAUGCGGCCCUCACCGACUACAAAAAGUUUGCCUACCUCUGGUUUAUGAGAGUUUUUUUAACAAACAUUUGUUUGCGAGUGUAA